AUGUCUAUAGCACAGCUCUCACGGCUGUUACCUCUGCCAGAGGACGAGCUCAAGCAGAUGCUCGACUAUGCAUCCACACUAUCGAAAGCCGAAGCGGCAGCGCAUUUCAACGACCUGUUGGGUGACUCACCGCAGGCAGUCGAGUUUAUUUCCUCCUUCAAUUCCCGAAGACAAGAUACGAAGAAGCCCGCUCCUCCCGCGCCUUCAUCAAGCGAUACCGGCCCGCCGGAGCCAGUCCCGAAAUCAUCGCGCGGACAGAAGAAGAAGAAGCAGGCGAACAUACACACACCCGUCGCAAGAAGGGUUGAGGCUUUCCCGCCCCUCUCUGGGACUAGCUACAGCAAGAAAGAGCUGGAGGAUGAAUAUUACGGCGGCAAGAAGUCUGGUCAACCUGCGGAGAGCAGCUCGUCAGCAAGCUCCAAGGCGCAAGCGCCAAAGAGCGCAACUCCACCGCCACAACAGCAAAGGACUGCCGGCGGCUACCUGAUAUCCGAUGUCAAGUCCAAGACAAAGUCAAAUCCCGUUUCCCGGUCGUCCACGCCGAAGCCCUCAGCGAAACCGACGACAACAAAGGUCUCAAUCGCUGGCGGCACCCCAAUGGCGGGAGCGUCUACAGCCCUGACGGAUCUCGACGCGGCAAUUCGCACUCUGGAGCUGACGACGAAUCCAUCAUUAGGCGAUGACCCGAAGGCCAGGAGAUGCAACUGCGUGGCCACUCGUCAUCCUCUCCAGACAGCUGCACCGAACUGUCUGUCAUGCGGCAAGGUCAUUUGCGUCAAGGAAGGACUCGGUCCCUGCACUUUUUGCGGAGCGCCUCUGCUGUCUUCGGAUGACGUACAGGGUAUGAUCAGAGAACUCAAGGCGGAGAGAGGACGAGAGCGCAUGGCGGCGGACCGCGAGGCCCACAAGCGACCCGAAGUCAGCAAGAAGCCGGCGCCCUUCAGCCAGAACAAGAUGACAGAGGCGGAGGCCAAGGCACGGGAGCAUCGCGACAAGCUGUUGAACUUUCAGGCGCAAAACGCACGAAGAACGACGGUCAGGGACGAGGCGGCAGACUUUGAUGUCAGUGGGGCCAUGGCUGGCGCAGGAGGCAACAUGUGGUCGACGCCAGAAGAUAGAGCUCGAGAGCUCAAGAGGCAGCAAAAGAUACUACGUGAAAUCGAGUGGAACGCCCGGCCAGAGUAUGAAAAGCGGCGGCAGGUGGUCAGCAUCGAUGUUGUUGGCGGGAAGGUAGUCAGGAAGAUGGCGGCUGUGGAGCGGCCCACGACGCCGGACGAGGAGGAUAUCAUCGUUCAUGAGGAUGUAGACGAGAACUACGUAUCUGGGCAGCAGGGAGGCGGCGGCGGCGGCGGCGGCGGCGGUGGUGCGUUCAGCCACAACCCGUUACUGGGAGGCCUGAUCAAACCUGUGUACGAACCCAAGGGUAAGGGUAGCCAGCUCGAGGGCCGCAAGGAUAAGAAAACGCAGUGGAGAAGGGUACAGGAUGACUUUAAAGAUAAUGAGGCGGUAAUUUUGGACGGCGGUGCCCGUGGACAUGCCACGACAGCCGAUGAGCCGGCCUGUGGUUGA